AUGUGUGAGAGACAUGUCUUGGUUUUCACUGUGGCAGCGCUAGCGGUGGCCUUUGUUGGAUGCACUGGCAAACUUGCGCCUGAUUUCAUCCACCCCUGCAACAACACAGAAUCGUCAUGCCUGAUUCAGGCUACGCAGGAUGCGAUUCCAGAGUUCUCGAAGGGUCUUCCACAGCUUGGCGUACCGGCUUUAGAUCCGUUCGUCAUCGAGGAGUUGCCAAUUCAGCUGCCCGGGGUCAAGGUCACGUUUAUUGAUGGCAAGGUCACCGGAUUGCGGAAGUGUCAAGUGCUAAACGUUGAAGCAUACCUGGAAAAGAAUAUAUUCAUAUUGGAAAUACGAUGCAACAUAACAAUCAAAGGAAAAUAUACGGCUGUGGGACGAUUAUUGCUUUUCCCGAUCAAUGGCGAGGGUGAUUCUAAGAUAAAAAUUGUUAAUUCAGUGAUUAAACUAAACAUCAAAACGAAGUACUUUAAGGACGAGAACGGGAGAGAUCAUUUCGGAAUAAAGAAUUACAGAUACGCUUUUGAUUAUGGGGACCGGGUUCAUUACACGAUCAAUAACUUGUUUAAAGGAAAUCCUGAGUUGAGCAACACGGUCCUCCAAUUCCUCAAUGAAAAUUGGAAAAUCGUAACUGAGGAAUUUGGCCAACCCGUCGUGGAUUACGCCAUGAACGUGACUAUAGAAACAGCGAAGAAAUUCUUCAGCGCAGUUCCGUAUGAUGAACUGCUAUAUGUGCCUAUACCAAAGUACUGA